CAUAUGCCCAAGGAACUGCCUUUAACCAGCAGUGGGUACAGGGACACGGGUUGGUAAGGGUGGCAAAGAUGAGGCACUGCAGUAGCGCCUACAGGCGACGAGUGGGCGUUUUCCUGCCUCGCACACCCAUCAACUGCAGUAGGCAGCCCAAGGCCCGCCAUGGGGGUAGGCGGGGCGAGAGUCGGCGAUAACUUACAGGAGCUCACAGCGCCUCGGGGCGGAGCCUCCGCCCGCUCCCAGGCCUGCUGGCCCCGCCCCCAGGUGCCCCUGCCCCGGCUCGUGUCCGCUCCCGCUCCCGAACGAAAUGAGCCAGGCCGCCCCCGCCGGUCCUCCCCGCCCCGCUGGCCCUCCGCGUCCCGCCAGCCGCACGGUGGACAGCCAGGAAAAAGGCAGAUUGGUCCUCCACUGGCAGCAGCCGAUCAGCAGGCAUCCUGCCUUCCUGGGGGCAAGGUCGCAGCAUCUGCAUUGGAAAUCACUGGUGUCUUCCUGCUGCCUCAGCUGGGAAGCCAAGGAGUACUUUGCAAAAACUGUUUAUCUGAAUUCUGAAAUCACAGCUGCUGUUCUUUUAAGUUCUGCCCCAGGUCACACUGAGGAUUCCAGAUGAAGCCAGAGUCAGGGCAGGCCCUGUUCCAUGUGGCUGUGGCCACCUGCCUCUGUGCUGCCACCGUCUACACAGGCAUUUUUGAGGGUGUCUUCAUUGAAGUGGGCUACGAACACUAUGCAGAAGCACCUGUAACCAGCCUCCCUUCGUUCCUGGCCAUGCCCUUCAACUCCCUCGUGAACUUGGCCUACAUGUUCCUGGGAGUAUAUUGGCUGCGGAGGAACACCAGUGCCCUUGGGUGCCUGGUGGAGACGAGCAGGGUUGGUUACCUGAAGGCUGUCUUCGCCAGCAUGGCACUGCUAUACGGCCCUGUGCAGUGGCUGCGGAUCUGGACACAGAUACACCUUGCAGCGGUGCUCGAUCAGUGGCUCACUUUGCCCAUCUUUGCAUGGCCUCUGGCCUGGUGCCUCUACCUAGACAGGGGCUGGGAGCCCUGGUUGUUCCUCUCCAUUGAGUGCCUCUCCCUAGCCAGUUACAGCCUUGCCCUGCUGCACCCCCGUGGGUUUGAGGUUGUACUAGGGGCUCACAUGGUGGCCACUGUGGGGAAGGCCUUACAUGCCCACCACCGAUAUGGCAGUACCUCCUCGGCCACCUACUUAGCUCUAGGAGUGCUCUCCUGCCUGGGCUUUGUGGUCCUCAAGCUGUGUGACCAUCAGCUUGCACAGUGGUGUCUCUUUCAGUGCCUCACAGGCCAUUUCUGGUCCAAGGUCUGUGAUGUGCUCCAGUUCCAUUUUGCGUUUUUGUUUCUGACACACGUAAGUGUCUGCCAAGGACUCCAUUGUGAGGGAAAGACGUGUUAAGUGUGGAAAGAAGCCACUUAAAACAGAUGACCUCCUUACAUGAAAUGGACUAUCAGAUGACAGUCUGCUACCAGUGUUGGGUGUCUUGGGUGUGAUAAUCUAUGAUUCCUUUAGAAGUUCUAGGCUUCGGUAUUUAGGUGUGAAAUGGUAUGACUUCUGCAGCUUACUUUCAAAGAUGUAAAGCAAAGAUCUGGGUGUGGAUGUGUAAAUGCUCUUCUGUAGUUUGAACUAUUUCAAAAUAAAAUAUCAGUGGGUGGCACCUGUGGCUCAGUGGGUAGGGCGCCAGCCCCAUAUACCCAGGGUGGCGGGUUCGAACCUGGCCCUGGCUAAACUGCAACAACAACAAAAAAAAUAGCUUGGUGUUGUGGCGGGCGCCUGUAGUCCCAGCUACUCGGGAGGCUAAGGCAAGAGAAUCCCCUAAGCUCAGGAGUUGGAGGUUGCUGUGAGCUGUUAUGCCAGGGCACUCUACCAAGGGCGAGAAAGUAGGACUCUGUCUCUUAAAAAAGUAAUAAUAAUAAAUAAAUAAA